UCUGCCAUUACUAGCAGAGCCUUGCGUCAAAAAAAAGAUUCAAUUGACAACAAAUCACAACUAAAUCAAAAUGAAGAUAAAACUAAUAGAUCCCGUGGUGCGCAGCUUCAAGGUGGCCAAGAUCUUCCGGGAGAACACGGACAAGAUCAACGCCAUUGACUUUGCGCCCAACGGGGAGCACCUGAUCUCGUGCAGCGAGGACGACCAGAUCGUGAUUUAUGAUUGCGAAAAGGGGACGCAGUCGCGCACUGUGAACUCCAAGAAGUACGGCGUGGAUCUGAUCCACUUCACACAUGCCAACAACACGGCCAUCCACAGCUCCACCAAGGUGGACGACACUAUCCGGUAUUUGAGCCUGCAUGACAACAAGUAUCUGCGCUAUUUUCCCGGCCACACCAAGAAGGUCAUCUCGCUGUGCAUCUCGCCGGUGGAGGACACCUUCCUCUCUGGCUCCCUGGACAAGACACUCCGUCUGUGGGACCUGCGCUCGCCCAACUGCCAGGGACUGAUGCAUCUCUCCGGGCGACCCAUCGCCGCCUACGAUCCGGAGGGUCUGAUCUUCGCCGCCGGCGUUAAUUCAGAGAGCAUCAAGCUGUACGAUCUGCGCUCCUUCGACAAGGGUCCCUUCGUCACCUUCAAGCUCAACCAGGAGAAGGAGUGCGACUGGACGGGCCUGAAAUUCUCGCGGGACGGCAAAACCAUACUGAUCAGCACAAAUGGUUCGGUCAUCCGACUGGUCGAUGCCUUCCACGGCACUCCGCUGCAAACGUUCACCGGCUAUCCAAACAACAAGGGCAUCGCCAUCGAGGCGAGCUUCAGCCCGGACUCGCAGUUCAUCUUCUCGGGCAGCACCGAUGGACGUGUGCACAUCUGGAACGCGGAUACGGGCAACAAGGUAUCUGUGCUCAAUGGGGAUCAUCCGGGGCCGGUGCAAUGCGUUCAGUUCAAUCCCAAGUACAUGAUGUUGGCCUCUGCAUGCACCAACAUGGCUUUCUGGCUUCCCACAUCCGAGGAGGGAUUGUAGUCUAAUGUUUCCCGCUUGCUUAGCUCAUAAGGUUAAAGUUUAAUUUAUAAAUAACAAUCCGAAAACAACUUAAA